AUGUAUCCACUUAACAUUCCUAGUCAUUGGAAACAAUUUCGGAUUAUAUUAAAGCAUCUUCAUCAUCGCCCAGCCCGCGCCCAAGCACGCCGAAGCAGUUGCAAAAAUAUCCGUGGCCGAGAAAAACCUGUGAAACGACCAUCCAGCGAAGGAGAAAGAAGCAGCAAUGCCUCUAUUAGCUCCAGUAAAUUGGAUUCUGAACCCAUACGUCUGAUUGUAGGACGUACACUCAAAGAGCAAUUGCAAUUGAAAGCAUUUAGUGAUCAUGAGCAAACCAGUAAAACUCGAAUACCCAAACUGUCCACGGAAGAGAUUAAUGAGUUUGCUAAAGCAACUGAAAUAGAAAUAUACAAUUACUUCAGUUGCGAUAUUGGAAAUAAAUAUAGGGCCAAAUACCGUUCGCUUAUAUUUAACAUUAAAGAUGGAAAAAAUCAAACGUUGUUCGCUAAGAUUUGUGGGAAGUUGCUUGAACCGAAACAAUUGAUGCGAAUGUCUCCAGAAGAAAUGGCAAGUCAAGAAUUGGUAUAA